GGGAAUUGCACGUUUUAUAUCAAGUCCCAGAUUUUCCUUUAGUGAGGAAAAACGUGCCAUUUGUGUCUUUUUCCUCCUUCUGACAUAACGUUGCCAAAUUGCUGAAUUUAGCAUUGCUAAGCUGGUGAACUGUGUUUCACCUCCUGCUAGACAUUUAUUUUCUCCCCCACCUCCUUCCAAGUCGCAAGGACUGUCUUCGAAAAGGUCGAUUUUCCCCCGCACCCACCCCUCUGGGCGGAAGCGUGGUUUGGUGGAAGAGGAGAGACAGAGGCAGAGUAAAGGUUUUUUUUUAUCAAACUGGAGAGAGCCAUGGACUGUCAGCGCUGGUUACCACUGGAGGCCAAUCCUGAUGUAAUGAACCAGUUCAUGCAACAACUGGGAUUGCUGCCGAGCUGGCAAUUUGGUGACGUUUUUGGAAUGGAUCCGGAGCUCCUGAGUUUGGUGCCAAGACCUGUCUGUUCAAUUCUUCUACUCUUCCCAGUUACAGAAAAGUAUGAAGCCUUCAAGCAAGAGGAGGAAGCAAAAAUAAAAGCUGAAGGGCAGAAAGUCGAUCCACAAGUUUAUUUCAUGAAACAAACCAUCAGUAAUGCCUGUGGAACCAUUGGUCUUAUACAUGCACUAGCUAACAAUCGAGAUAAACUGGAAUUUGAAACAAAUUCAGUUAUGAAAAAGUUUUUGGACGAAUCGACCCCACUUAGUCCUGAAGAGAAAGCAAAAUAUCUAGAAAAAGAUGAGAGUAUCCGUGUUACACAUGAAUUCAGUGCACAGGAAGGACAAACUGAGGCACCAAGUUUAGAUGAGAAAGUAGACUUGCAUUUUAUAACCUUUGUAAACAUUGAUGGAUACCUGUAUGAACUGGAUGGGCGCAAACCAUUCCCGAUAAAUCAUGGAUCCACCACUGCCGAUAACUUUCUUGAGGAUGCAGUAGAAGUUUGUAAGAAGUUUAUGCAGCGAGACCCUGAUGAAUUACGGUUUACAGUGGUGGCUCUCCACAAGCCGUAGAGUGCGUCAAAUUGGAAGGAUAAACAGGAGCUGCAAAACCUAAACUUCAAUUGGCUUCCAGCGAUGUUGCUUUACUCCAGUCCCCGAGCUUGUGAUAGUCUUGAUCUGUUUUAACUCAUGCAAAAACUUGAUUUGAUACCUUUCUGGAAUAUGUCCAAUUGUCCCUGACUCCAGAAGUCUGAUAGCAAAGUGUACAUUGGUGUGUACUUUUUGUCUUAUCAUCUAUAACAGCAGUCCUCGGUUUCUGAAACCUAUCCCAGCCUACAUUCCCAGUGACUAACCGAAAGCAGUAAAAAUUCAUCUGAGGGAAGGAGUUGCGAGAUUCUUGCUGUCAUGUUAUCCCCCAGCUGUACUUUAAUUAUUGACUAGCAAACAGAUGGACAUCUUGCAAUAGCUGGAAAGUUGUACGCAAGAGCAGGUAAAAAUCUGAUGCUCCUUGCUUUCUAAAUGUGCUCAAUAAAUUAAUUAUUGGUA